CAUAAAACAGAGCAGCGGAAGAGCCCACAAGUGCUGCCGCAGUUGGCCAAGUUGGUGCGCCAUGGGUGAUACUGUGGGACGCUGGGGCAGUUGAGCAAAACUGCGGUGCGCCUUUGCAGGAAAGAAACGAGCACUGCUGCUGGUUUUCGUUUUCGUGAAUGCCUCGAGGAUCGUCGUCAGCAAUGCCGCUACGCAAUAACCUUGCGAUCACCGUUGCAGUUCACUUCAUGUGUCUCUGUGCAGUUGGCGUACCUAUCCUUGCCCUCUUCCUGGCAGGAAAGCCAUUUAAACGUGGCUUCUUCUGCGAUGAUGAAUCGCUGAGGUACCCGUUUCGUGACUCCACUGUCACAUCACCAAUGCUCUAUUCCUAUGGCAUCCUCAUACCUAUUAUAGUGAUAAGUGUGCUGGAGGGAAUGCGAGCCAUACUGCGUGUGCACGAGCCGAUCGCCACGAGCAAGAAGCUGCUGUUCAAAUGGAAGGUGCCAUCGUCACUACAGGUCCUCUAUGUGCUGGUCGGUGUGUUCCUGAUGGGAGCAGCAAUAAGCCAGCUUCUCACGGACAUUGCCAAGUACACCAUCGGGCGUCUGCGGCCGCACUUCUUUGACUUGUGCCGGCCUGUCAACCUGACGGUCCUGUGUGCAAAGCCGUAUACCUAUGUGGAAAACUUCACUUGCGGCAGCAAUGCAACGGAACACCAGUUAAAAGAGAUGCGACUCUCCUUCAUGUCAGGGCACUCGUCUUUCUCGGCCUACACCAUGAUGUACACAGUGCUGUACAUCCAUGCACGGAUGCCAUGGCGCAAUUCUGUGGCCAUGGCUGCACGUACGGUGGUCCAAGUGGCACUGCUGUCACUGGCCUGGUACACAGCGCUCUCUCGUGUCUCCAACUACAAGCACCACUGGAGCGAUGUGCUAGCUGGUUCAGCCGAAGGCUACCUGGUGGCCAUUGUCGUGUGGGUGAUGUUCUUUGGCUCCUCGUGUCACCGCCAUACCAAGUUGACUCCGGAUGUCGAAGCUAUGUCUGUGUCCCAGAAAAAGGAUGACUACGGCACAAUCUGAGCCCAAGGACUUCUCACUGCACAUUCAAUUUGCAAUACUGUGGUUUUUUAGCUAGUGUGUAGACUCAAUUUCAAUUAUCAUGUGUGAUAAGGUGGGGCACGCUUUAUUUAAAGGGACACUAAAGAGAAAAUUAAGUUUAGUUGUAUCAGUAAAUUACACUUUUACACCAAAAAUGGCACUCUCACCAUAGGAGGAGGCCUGGUCAGUCACAGAAUACACAGAAAAGAAACGCGAGAGGCAACGCCACUUUGAAGUUCCUGUACCAGCUUGCCUUGACGUCAUCGAUUUUGUCAGCACCUGCUGAGGCCUAGUUGGUAUUUUACAGAUGUGGGCAAACAAAUAAGCUUUUCAGAAAACGAAUUAAAUAUCAACAGAAGUAUUGAAUAUCGAAUUGAAUAUUGAAUUGUCAAUGGUGAUGCAUAUAUUUACAGCAGGAAUAUAUUUAUUUUGGUAUAGUUAAGUGCCAAUGCCUGUAGUGACUAGGGCAAGAAACACAGCUAUCAGAUACAAAGAAUCAAUUUUAUUUUUAUUUAUUUUUUUUUAGUACAUACUGCAGACCUUUCGGUCCAAGCAGAGGGGCAAUAGAACGUAUACAAACAAAAUAGAACAAAUUAAGAACAAACAAAUACAAAUUUAUACAAAUUUUAGUCGCACUGUGUCUGUAAACUGUCGUUCCAGUCUGAUACUGUUCUGGGAAAAAAAAGAAAAUUUAAACGUGUCAGUUUGAGCAUAAUAGGGUGUUAGUGAAUCCGGAUGAUGCUGUCUUAUUUGCCGUGCUAUUGCAGGUGUUAUAUAAGUCGAUGGUUUAAUUUCAAGCCUGUUGUUGAGAAGAAGGGAAAGUAAUUCAAGUCUUAGCAGCUUUCGGUGUGAUUCAAGAGUAGGUAUGGAGUUUUCUGUCAUAAUUUUAGAGGGAGAGUCCAGUCUUGCGAAUUUAUUAAAUAUAAACCUGACUGCCUUUCUUUGUAUUUUUUCAAGACGCACAAUAUUUGAUUUAGUGUAAGGAUCCCAUGAUAUACAUGCAUACUCCAACUUUGGUCUAAUAAAUGUAAAUUAACACAGUAAUUUCACAUUAGGAGGGGCAUUUUUCAGUUUGUGUCUUAGGAAACAGAGUUCGCAGAAAGCAGAAGAACAAAUAUCAUUAAUGUGCAUGUUCCAUGACAAUGUGGAAGUCAAAGUAACACCUAAGUAUUUGUAAUUGUUAGUUUCACGCAGAGCUGAAGAACCUAGCGUAUAAGAAAAAGUUAGUGGGCUUUUUUUACGAGUAACACGAAGAAAUACGGAUUUAUCAGCGUUAAUAACAUACCCCAUUCAUUACACCACUUUAAUAUGUUAUUUAAAUUCUUUUCGAGGACAGUCUGAUCAUUCUGACAAGUUAUAUCACUGUACAAAAUACAAUCAUCAGCAAACAGUCUAAUUUGCACACCAGGAGUUAUGGUUUUAACAAUGUCAUUUAUAUACAUUAAAAACAGUAAAGGCCCCAAGACACUACCUUGGGGCACCCCUGAUGUGACUGGGAGAGUGGCCGAGCUAUGUUCACCUAUUGUAACGUACUGAGUGCGUUUGCUUAGGUAAGCAAUAAUCCAGUUUAUGAAAAUGUCAGGUAUGCCAAUAAUUCUAAGUUUGAAGAUUAAUUUGUCGUGCGGAACCUUAUCGAAGGCUUUUCUGAAAUCUAAAAAUAUUACAUCUAUUUGGCCAUUAGUGUCUAGAGAUAAAGCAAAUGAAUGAAUCAGUGAUACCAGUUGUGUUACAGUCGAAUAACCCUUCCUGAAGCCAUGCUGAAAUUUUAAACAAGGGAUCACUAAUCGUCAUUAAAAGAACCUGUACAAAUAGCCUCUCAACAUCUUUAGAGUCUGGUUAUAAACAAGCUCUACAAAAAAAAAAUGGCUACUGUGAUUAGCUUUUCAAAAACUCUAAAUAAAUUAUUGCGAAAAAGACCUGAAAAAAAAAAAGCUGAUAAAGGACUUGUGUGCCAUUUGUACAUGUAAAAGGGCUCAUUACACAGAAGACAUCACAAGCUGUAGCAUAAGAGAUAAACACUGUUACCUGACUAGACUUCCAAAAACACAAAAUGACAGACUACAAGCGAUAAUCACAGGUUGUCAUUUCUGCAAAACCAAACGUGCCUUUUGAAUACUAACAUAAAUAUACAUAGCAGGCUAUCCUGUGGAAGCUAUGGAAGUAGCUUUAAGAAAUUUUAAAAAUGGUUUGUGGAAGAUAGCACAAUUCUAACUUUUGAACUAAAAAUCAUUUAUUGGGGCAGACAUUGCAUCCACACAAAAUGAAAUGCGUAAUUGACUAACGCAGGUUUACUAAUUAAUUUACAGCACAUAUUGCACUUUACAAAUUGUGGCUAGUCAGUUCACAAAGCAUAUCGACUUGGAAGAAAUUCUAAGGAUGGCACUUGUUUCGAGAUAUGCACCAUCAACCUUGCUUAAACACGCACUGUACUUGCCCUUACCUUUUCAUUAAAAUGUUUUACACAUUGAAGCAUGAAAGUAACUGGAACGCCAACGUAUUUUGUCGACCACUUUGAAAAUUAACGAUAUGUGCUGUAUGUGCGAUAUGUGCAAUAUGUGCUGUAAAGUAAUAAAUUAAAUAGUUAAUUAGCGCAAUUAUGUCAACUAUUCAAUCAAGCAUUUUGAUCUCCCAUAGAGGUAAUGUCCACCUCACCAAGUAGUUCAGUUCAUCGGUUACAAUCGUGCUACCUACCAAAGGUGAUUUUGAAAAAUUUGAUGCAUUUAAAGAUGGUACAUUCCUACUGCUACUUGCAGAUGCAAGGUUAUGUCAAAUCACAUGAUACUUAUGCACAUUUCUGCUUUUAGUGGGCAGCAUACUAUGUUUCGGCACAGCGUAAGUUGUGGCUGCUGGUUGCAGAAGUAUGUUACACCACUCGUAUGGUGGUAAAUAAGUUUAGAUUUCAGAAGCCUUUCGUGUGUAAUAAGUACGCCAUGUUUUGUGACGUAGAAGUACGAGACCCAAUUUUACCUUGAAUUACACAGCGCGUAUGUAAUGUCUUUCUUUCCAUAUGUGAUGUACUACUUUUUGGUUAUGGAUGCAGAUGGCGAGCUCUAGCCUUCGUAACAUAGCCUGCUAUGCAAGAAAUGGAUAGUUAGCACCAGAUUCUUUUCGAAACUACCAAUAUUUGCCCACCCCUAGUUUUUUUUUUUUUUUUUAUUGGUAAACAUGGACCACAUCAUGUUAUAAAGGGGCCAAAGUCACAGUGAAGUUACGGAAUCUGAGAACAUUUAAAGCACUGCAAUGAUAUAUAUGCAAAAAAAUGCUUAAAAAUCCAUGACGUCACACUGGCAUAAUACAGGCACUGGGGUUUUAGCACGAAAUUCAAGGAACGGAAGUUUGGCUUUUUCUGUCUAUGCUUGCAGAUGACUUUUCUUGGCAAUGAAGUAAUAGCUACAGGGGUGGAGCUUCCGAACAAUUGUUACUACAUCAUAUAGCCCCAGCUGAGCUUGACAGUGCUUGCAGUUUCCUGGAGCAGAUGUUAAAUCAGUGUAGCUUCCACGCAUGAUAAUCUUGCAUUAGGAAAGUUGGAAAAAUGGAAAAAGUAAGUUGGAUUUAACACCGAGUGGUGCAUUUUAUGCCUUAAUUUUAAUGAGAAAUACAAUGUUCAUGCUUUCUGUUCCGUAGCUUAAGCUACUGCAAACAAAAGAAAUUUGGAGUCUUAGCGCAGUUUCUAUUCAGUGUGCUACUUGUGCACAAUCUGCAUCUGUGGCUUUCCUUUCACUGUCACAGAAAGUUGUCUGCCUGUGUAGUAAUGAAGAUGUUGCAAGGAAAUUAACAAAAAUCAAAAGUUUUGAAAGUCUACUGUAUCAGUCUACGUCUAUACUGAUUUAUGGUUUCUCUUUAGAGUCCCUUUAAGUACUGUAUACAGGGUGAUCAUUUGUAAGUCUAACGGAAUAUUUAAAAAUCGCGCCUGUGAAAGAAAGCAUAAUUCUUGUAAUUGAACUGUAUUAUUCAAAGAGACGAACAGCAUUAUCGCGAGAAAUCGACAUACAUAUUCAACUAAUUAAGGGAGGAUGUGGCACCAAAUAGCAUUUUCUAAUUUUGUUUGAGUUCCCAGAUAUCACCAAGUCUGGUUGCAAUCUGCACAUAAUUCUGGCUGUGGUGCCCUUGUCUACAAGCACAAACAAGGGCACUGGACUGCUCUAAAGCUGAAAAAAAAAAAGUGAAGACAAUUCGAAGCAAUUGUCACAGAGGAGGUUCAAAUUGAAGAAGAGGGUCAAACCUAUGCAGCAGGGCACCUUGAUUAAUUAUUUUUGUUCUUAAAAUAAGAUUACAUGUUCUCAAAUCGUUUAGCUUGCUUUUUUCAGUUCACACUUUUUGGCUGAACAAAACCUGUGGGAAGGCUGUCAUUUCCAAAAUGCUUUGCCAAAACCUGCUUUCAAAGUAGUUUUUGGGCUAAAAUUUUGUCGAGGACAAGGCUAGGUAUUUUUUAUAUCACUAAAUUUUCAUUAACACAAAGAAUUAUUACAUAUCUGACAAAUAAUGACAAUGCAAAAAUUUGAACUUAGCCUCAAAGUGAUGACAGUGUUACAAAAAUGCAAUGAAAAAUAUGCAACUGGCUUUAUCCUGCACUAUAACCCCCCAGAAACUAACAAUAACAACCAGUGUGCCUUCAUUGUUUUUGAAAUGAUUUUUCCUAAAGUGACAUGCCUAAUUGGUCCUUAUGACAGCCACACCUUUUUUCUAUUUGAUCUGUAUUAAUGAAGUUUAGAAUAUGUACUCAAAACAAGAUACAUAAAGCUAGAAAUUUUUGUAAAUAUUCCUGUAAACUGCAUCCCCUUAACAAAAAUUGACUAAUUAACUUUAUAACUAGUUACCUUACAGUACAUGUUGCAAUACACUUAUUGUAGCCAUUGAGUUUGCAAGAUAUAUCCACUUAAAAUGAAUUUCUAGGAUGAUACGAGUUUUGAGAUACGAUUUCCCAAAGUGUGGGACGAAAUGCAUGGGUGUUCUAGUUACAUAUGUGCUUCAAUGUAUAAGAGAGCGUCUUGUUAAAAAAGUAAGUGAAACAACAGUGAAUUUUUAUGGCGAGUUUGAUGGCACGUACCUACAAACUGGUGUCAUUCUGGAAAUUAAUUUCAAGUGGAUACACCUUGCAAACGCACUGACUACAAUUAGUAAAUUGCAAUAUGUGCACUAAAUUAAUUAAGAUUAGUGAUUUUUGUUAAUUAGUUGAACAUAAGUUUCGAUUUCUCAUGCAAGUAAUGCCCACCUCUAUCAAUAAUCCAGCUCAAGGACUAGAAUUGUGUUAUCUGCAAGAGACAAUUUUUAAAAGUUGUGUAAAACUUAAGAAUGAUACAUCUGACAGGUUCAGGUGGCAUGCGAGUCUCUUGCUGAGGUUCCCAA